GAAAUUAAUCAGCAAACAUUGUGAACCAACGGAGUGUCCGUAACUACGUAAACCGUGCAUGCGCAGUUCACAGAAACGUUGCAAAAUGGCGGACGUGUCUUUGGAUGAAGUGAUACGACAACGCGGAAUAAACGUUAAUAAACGUACCAUGUUUGGGCGGGGUGCAGGAGGUGUUGGUAAGACUUUUGAUGCCCGUCAAAGGAUUGGCAUGAAUGAUGCUCGGCAGCGACUUGGAGGAGGAUCGGGUUUUCCAUUGCAAGAUGCUAGAGAGAAGUUGGUUCAGAAAGAUGCUCGCUUUAAAAUCCGUGGCCGGGGUGGAGCAGCAGCAGGAGCAGUCCAGGAUGCUCGUCAGAUGAUCAACUCCCGGAAACAGCAACAGAAUGUGUUAAGUGUGCCUGUCCAGAUGUCACAUAAGACAGGCGUGACACACCAACUGCAGAGCCGCCCCCUUGUGCCACAGAUUAAGAUUCACGCGACCAACAACUUUGCAGGUGUUAACACGAGACUGUUUGCCUCAAACAUACAAGGACUGACUGGUAGGGGCGACGCUGUCAGCCAUCUUAACAAUAGAAUGACAGAUGCUCGUGACAGGCUGAGCCUGAAGAGGAGCAUGAGUAGUGGACCGCAAAGCCAGGCAUCCACUCUAUUGCCUCUGAAAAUAACCAAGACCAUUCAGCAACGUCCAGUUGGGGUUCUAGGUGGAAUGCGUCUGCAUUCACAGCCCGUCUCAAAUGAUCAUGAUUGCACCCCAAGUAAACAAAUGAAAAUCACGACUUCUAACAAAAUACUACAAUCACGGGAUGGUCCAGUAGGUUCCCCCUUCUCCAUGUCAGCCCCAAUAACUAAGGUUGUUAAAAAUGAUGCUUACUCAGCCCCUCGUCCUCCUGUCCCCAUUGCCCCCACUCGGCCCACCACCAGCACGCCAGCCCCUCGGCCUGCCACCGCAGCAUUGAAGCCUGUUUCUAGGACUCUCCAGCACAGUUCAACUCAACCCAGCCCGGCACCACCUCCUCCUCCUCAGCCCGUUUUCAGUCCUUUGGAAGGAACAAAAAUAACGGUGAAUAACUUGCAUCCUCGUGUCACCGAAGAAGACAUUGUGGAGCUUUUUUGCGUGUGCGGUGCCUUGAAACGAGCGCGCCUGAUCAAGGUAGGCGUAGCUGAAGUGGUGUUUGUCCGCAAAGAGGAUGCUGUGAGUGCAUACAGGAAGUACAACAACCGCUGCCUGGAUGGUCAGCCCAUGAAGUGUAACAUUCAUAUUCAGGGAAAUGUCAUCACUUCUGAUCAGCCCAUUCUCUUGCGGCUCAGCGACACCCCGGGGGCGGGCAGCGGGGCCAAGAAAGACGGUCUUCCUCCCUCCUUGUCACGCUCUGCAAGCCAGAGAACCUCCCAGCCAACCCCUGAGGUGGACCCUCAGACGAUCCUGAAAGCUCUGUUUAAGUCCACCGCUCAGUCCUCGAACACAGAGUCCCCGAGCUCACAGGCCACUGCCUUCCGCAUCAAAAUAUAGGUUGUCUCUCAUAGCUCUUGUUAAACAUUGCGAUACAUCCUGGUGGUUUUCAUCUGGACACCAGGCCUCCAUUCACCACCACCACACAGACACACAUACACACGCGAUUUUACAUAUUCAUAGCUACUCAGUCAUAAGGACCAUCUGUUUUUUUUUUUGUUUGUUUUUUUGUUUUUUUUAAAUCUUCCGUGUUCCAUGUUCUCCCAAGGUAGACCAGAUGAAACAAGAUUUUUUGUUUCCUCCAAAACCAACAAAAUUGGUAGUGUACGUAAUGCUACAAGUUGCACCAAUCUGUUUGAUCCAUUCAUACAGCAGUUCAUUUAUGACAUCUUUUAUCCUAUUUUGAGCUGUGUACGUGUGAUCAGUUUAUAGUUUCAUCAGAAAAUACAAGCAUCCAAACAAUUUUAUUCCAUGAGACAAAAAGGUUGUCUUCCCUUACUGUACACCUGAUGAGGAGUAUUUUAGGCAAAUGAAAUCACCCGAGGGAUAGUCCAAAUCCAAAGUUUAUUUUUUUCUUUUCUGUAAACCAAUUUCACUCAGUAAUUUUUUUUGUUAAUUGUGACAUUCAUCAUUUUUGAUGUUUGACUUGCUUUAAUUUUUUCCCCUUCAGUAUGUUACUCGUUUUAUUUUUUACUGUAAAUGACUUGUUUUUGAUUUGUCAAUUAGAAAAAAAACAACAACUAGAGGUCAGAUAUUGUCAUUAAAAUGUAGCUUUGUAGAAAUUGUCCAAGACUUGUUUUUCCAUAUUCUUUUCCUGUGAGUUUAGUUCCCUAUUUGAAGUGGUCUCUGUACAUCACCCGUCCUUAAGUUGUAUUACAUAAUAAGUUAUUGCAAGAUGAAACAAUCAACUUUGCAGUUUAAGGGAAAUGUUCGAUGGCCUUCGUGUUAGUGGGAAUGGGUGGGCUACAAAUGUUAUUGCUACGUGCACCAACACGAGAUUAAAAAAAAAAAAAAGUACUGUACAAGGCAAAGUAGCUUUCCGAUUUGUGGUGGUUCGGGGAAGAGUUAUCGGGAGCAUUUGUACACUCCUGAUUCAUAUCGAGCAAGUAGAGGAGAAGGACACAUCUAUACAAUGUUGGGUUCUACAGCGCCAUGAGAAAUUCAUUAUUUCUAUGAAUUGAGUUGAUUUUGCUGAAAAAUCUUUAUUAAAGGUGCCGCAGUUCUUUGCAUCAAGAAAG